AGGAGAUCUGAGAAGUAGACCUCUGUAAACACAUGCUUUGGCCAAGACUAGUUCUUGCGUCUCCUGCUCCGUCAGCGUCACCUAUCCAAGGAUAUGCCUUCAAGCCUCCACCUCGGCCGGACUUCGGCACCUCCGGGAGAACAAUCAAACUACAGGCCAAUUUCUUUGAAAUGGACAUCCCCAAAAUUGACAUCUAUCACUACGAAUUGGACAUCAAACCAGAGAAAUGCCCAAGGAGAGUGAACAGGGAAAUAGUGGAGCACAUGGUCCAGCACUUUAAGACCCAGAUCUUCGGGGACCGGAAGCCAGUGUUUGAUGGAAGGAAGAAUCUGUACACUGCCAUGCCCCUUCCAAUCGGCAGGGACAAGGUGGAACUGGAGGUCACGCUGCCAGGAGAAGGCAAAGACCGUAUCUUCAAGGUGUCCAUCAAGUGGGUGUCAUGUGUGAGCCUGCAGGCGCUACAUGAUGCACUUUCGGGGCGGCUUCCCAGCGUCCCUUUUGAGACGAUCCAGGCCCUGGACGUUGUCAUGAGGCACUUGCCAUCCAUGAGGUAUACCCCUGUUGGCCGCUCCUUCUUCACUGCAUCUGAAGGCUGUUCCAACCCCCUGGGCGGGGGACGAGAAGUAUGGUUUGGCUUCCACCAGUCUGUCCGACCUUCUCUUUGGAAAAUGAUGCUGAAUAUUGACGUAUCAGCCACAGCGUUUUAUAAGGCACAGCCUGUGAUCGAGUUCGUCUGUGAAGUUUUGGAUUUUAAAAGUAUUGAAGAGCAACAAAAACCUCUGACAGAUUCCCAAAGGGUAAAGUUUACCAAAGAAAUUAAAGGUCUAAAGGUGGAGAUAACGCACUGUGGUCAGAUGAAGAGAAAGUACCGUGUCUGCAAUGUGACCCGUCGGCCUGCCAGUCACCAAACGUUCCCGCUGCAGCAGGAGAGUGGGCAGACAGUGGAGUGUACAGUGGCCCAGUACUUCAAAGACAGGCACAAACUGGUUCUGCGCUACCCCCACCUCCCGUGUUUACAAGUUGGACAGGAGCAGAAACACACCUACCUUCCCUUGGAGGUCUGUAACAUAGUGGCUGGACAGAGAUGUAUAAAAAAAUUAACAGACAAUCAGACCUCAACCAUGAUCAGAGCCACUGCCAGGUCGGCACCCGAUCGGCAAGAGGAGAUCAGCAAAUUGAUGCGAAGUGCGAGUUUCAAUACAGACCCGUAUGUUCGCGAAUUUGGAAUCAUGGUCAAAGAUGAGAUGACAGAUGUGACGGGACGGGUUCUGCAGCCUCCCUCCAUCCUCUACGGGGGCAGGAACAAAGCGAUUGCCACCCCUGUCCAAGGUGUGUGGGACAUGAGAAACAAGCAGUUCCACACAGGCAUCGAGAUAAAGGUGUGGGCCAUCGCCUGCUUCGCACCCCAGCGCCAGUGCACUGAAGUCCACCUGAAGUCCUUCACAGAGCAACUGAGGAAGAUCUCGAGAGAUGCUGGGAUGCCCAUCCAGGGUCAGCCCUGCUUCUGUAAAUAUGCCCAGGGGGCAGACAGUGUGGAGCCCAUGUUCCGGCAUCUGAAGAAUACCUACGCUGGUCUUCAGCUGGUGGUUGUCAUCCUACCUGGCAAGACUCCUGUGUAUGCUGAGGUCAAGCGUGUGGGAGACACGGUGCUGGGGAUGGCCACACAGUGCGUGCAGAUGAAGAACGUGCAGAGGACCACGCCACAGACCCUGUCCAAUCUCUGCUUAAAAAUCAACGUCAAACUGGGAGGCGUCAACAACAUCCUGCUGCCACAGGGCAGGCCUCCAGUGUUCCAGCAACCUGUCAUCUUCCUGGGAGCCGAUGUCACCCACCCGCCAGCUGGGGAUGGAAAGAAGCCUUCGAUCGCUGCCGUUGUGGGCAGCAUGGACGCACACCCCAACCGCUACUGCGCCACCGUGCGUGUACAGCAGCAUCGACAGGAGAUCAUCCAGGACCUGGCUGCCAUGGUGCGGGAGCUGCUCAUUCAGUUCUAUAAAUCGACACGCUUCAAGCCCACUCGCAUCAUCUUCUACAGAGAUGGUGUCUCUGAAGGCCAGUUCCAGCAGGUCCUCCAUCACGAGCUGCUGGCCAUCCGAGAGGCCUGCAUCAAGCUGGAGAAGGACUAUCAGCCAGGGAUCACGUUCAUCGUGGUGCAGAAGCGCCACCACACACGCCUCUUCUGCACAGAUAAGAAUGAGCGGGUUGGGAAGAGUGGGAACAUUCCAGCAGGCACAACCGUAGACACGAAAAUCACCCAUCCGACUGAAUUUGACUUCUACCUGUGCAGUCAUGCCGGCAUCCAGGGGACAAGCCGUCCUUCUCACUACCACGUGCUUUGGGAUGACAAUCGUUUCUCAUCAGAUGAGCUGCAGAUUCUGACCUACCAGCUGUGUCACACCUACGUGCGCUGCACACGCUCUGUGUCCAUACCGGCACCAGCCUACUACGCUCACCUGGUGGCCUUCCGCGCCAGAUACCACCUGGUGGAUAAAGAACAUGACAGCGCUGAAGGAAGCCAUACUUCUGGGCAGAGCAACGGGCGAGAUCACCAAGCGCUGGCCAAAGCGGUCCAGGUCCACCAGGACACACUGCGCACCAUGUACUUUGCUUGACAUGUUGUAGUGUUUAGCGAUUGUGUACCAAGUUGGAUUCACACGAGACCAGCUACACUCAGACCAACAGAUGCCCAGCCCUUCCGUGACAGCCAGCAUCAAACAUGAGACGUCUUUGGUUUUAUUAGAUCCUCCAUUUUCCAGAAUGCCUUCCGUCCCAGAUUUCAAACUUGGAUUUUGAGCUGCAGGCCUGUAUGAGACCCCAUUGUAGGAAACGUGGUUUGCCAAAACCUAUAAGCUGCUCACCGAAAGAGUCCGUGUUUCCUAAAAACAAAACAACAACAAAAUGUCCUCAAACCAGUCUAUGAACUCUCAGGGCUUUAAAACAUUUUUAAUUUAUUUGGUCAUUCGAUUUACUCGUUUUUAACACCUGAUUCUCAAUGAAAUCGCUGGGCUCUAACUAGCUGUGAAGGCUCUGAGCGUGAAAGCAACACCAUCACCAUUGGGGUUUUAAAGCCUGACCCUAAGAAGUUGUCACUAAUGUUGUUCUAGGGGUGCCACGUGCUCUGCAGCCCCAGGGCAGAUGGCUGCUUGGUAUCCAUGAUGUCUCUCGCCUGCCACUGCCUGCCCUCGAGGCCUGAACGAAGGCGUAGUCGCAGAGAGGACAGUCACGUGUGUUUGCAGCAGUGACGGGUCCGAGAGAUUGGCAGACAAGUGCCAUUUUGAUAAAAAUUUAUUUAAAAAGAGAAAAAAAGACAAUAUACUGACAGUCUAAUCAUAAGAUUUGUCCUGUAGGACUGUGACAUUUAUUUUCCAAAGUUUCUAAAGAAUACGGGUCUGUGGUGGUAAAUACAGUACAAUCCUUUUUCACUGUUAUGUCUUUAAUGUAAGAGAAGAAUAUAUAUAUCUGGUUUGCAGUA